CCCAUGACUUCACAUGUAUUUAUGUUAGGCUAUCGCUACAGUGUUGUUAGAAUAAGUAAAUUAAAGUAAAAUUUUGUUCAAAUUACAUAAAAUAAAAAGCUUUAACGACUGACAAAGAGAAGAAGCAUAUGUAAACAGUUAAACGCGGAUAACGGCACACGUGUGGAGUUGAGUGGUAUGGCAGGCAGCUCCACAGCAGAGAGACACUUCAGGUUUGUGGUUGUAGGUGGUGGAAUCGCAGGGGUCACCUGCGCGGAACAGCUGGCAUUCCAGUUUCCAGAUGAGGAUGUUGCUCUUCUCACAGCCGCUCCACUGGUGAAGACCGUCAGCAAUUUUAAACAGUUAUCUAAGACCCUGGAGGAAUUUGAUGUGGAAGAGCAACCGUCCAGCGUCUUAGAGAAGAAAUAUCCCAACCUGAACGUUAUUCAUUCAGCGGUCAGAGUUCUCCACGCAGAGCAACAUAAGCUGCAGACUGAAGAUGGUCAGAUCUUCCACUAUGAGAAGCUGUGUUUGUGCACCGGUGCCAAGCCUAAACUCCUCAUCAGGGACAACCCUCAUAUACUGGGCAUACGUGACACUGACAGUGCUCAGGAAUUUCAGAAGCACUUAGCGAAAGCCAAGCGCAUGGUGGUUGUUGGAAAUGGUGGAAUUGCGCUGGAGCUUGUGUAUGAAGUGGAGGGCUGUGAAGUGAUCUGGGCGAUAAAGGAUAAAGCUAUAGGAAAUACAUUCUUUGACGCUGGAGCUGCUCAGUUCCUCAUCCCCUCGUUGGAGGCAGAUAAACCGGAGAAAGCUUUACCCUGCAAGAGGGCACGCUACACCACCCACGGGACUGCCAAACCUAAAGCAGGUUCAUCAGAGCUUGGUAGUGCGUUAGGUCCAGACUGGCACCAGGACAUCACUCUCAGAGGGGCAGAGGAGACGUCUCACAGAGUUCAUGUAGAGUACGAGUGUGAGAUUGAAGCGAUACUCUCACAGCAGGAGUUCGUGCAGUCACCACUUAAUGCACAGAACCCUGAUUCAGGUGUGUGGCCAGUUUAUGCUCAGUUAACCAAUGGAAAGACGUAUGGCUGUGACUUUAUCGUCAGUGCUACAGGCGUGGUACCGAACAGCCAACCAUUUCUACAUGGAAACAAUUUUGAUUUAGGGGUGGGUCAGGGCCUGAAGGUCGAUGAUCAGAUGAGGACGUCUGAACCAGAUGUGUAUGCAGCUGGAGACGUGUGCAGUGCAGGCUGGGAACCCAGUUCCCUCUGGCAGCAGAUGCGGUUAUGGACUCAGGCGCGGCAGAUGGGUUUCUACGCUGCACGCUGCAUAGCUGCUCAUGUUCAGGAGGAAAAAAUCGAACUGGACUUCUGCUUCGAGCUCUUCUCUCACAUCACCAAGUUCUUUAAUUAUAAAGUGGUGCUGCUGGGGAAGUUUAACGCUCAGGGACUGGGUUUGGAUCACGAGCUGCUGGUGCGCUGCACUAAAGGCCUGGAGUAUGUGAAGGUGGUGAUGAGCGGCGGGCGCAUGGUGGGCGCCGUCCUGAUUGGAGACACCGACCUGGAGGAGACCUUUGAGAACCUGAUCCUAAACCAGAUGGACCUGUCGGCAUACGGAGAGAACCUGCUCAACCCAGAUAUCGACAUCGAGGACUAUUUCGACUGAAUUACACUGAUUUAGGGUGGUGUAGAUCAGAGAACGUGUGCUGAAGGUAAAUUAAUUGCACUAAUUAAUACAAUAUUGUGUGAUCAGGGGCCGAUUUCAUUUAGGCCACACAGGACAGACGGCAUUGGAGAAAGCUGACCCAUCUGUGCAGCCAACAAUUACAAAGUGAUGAUGGCGUAGUGACAUGGCAUGACAAUCGAUACAAUAAGUUGUGGGUUUACUUAAAGCAGAGAUUUGGUCCUAUUAUAUUGAACAUGGGUGAAUUUUAUAUAUAUAUAUAUAUAUGUAAUAUAAAAAUCUAUGGUAAUUGACAGCACCAUUUUUAAAACCAUGGCUGUAUGUAGCAAGAUCAAUUACAGACAUUAAAUCCUCUCUGUCCAUCAGGGUGUAAACUGUUUAUGGCCAAUACUGUAAACACACUACAUGGCCAAAAGUUUUUGGACCCUUGACCUUAAGGUUGAUGAACAUCUCACUUCAAAAACAAUAAUAAUAAAAUACAGUGUCCUCUCAGUGAUAACUGAAGUAUGUCUGUAGGAAUUUGUGCUCAUUCAUUCAAAAGAGCAUUUGUAUGGUCAAGAAAGCCUCAACUGAUGCUCAGUUGAUGUGCAGACCACUGGAGUUUCUUUAAACCGAGCUUUUCCUCAUGUUUUUUUUAUAGUUUGCUCUAAGCAAAGGGGCACAAUCAUGCUGGAACAGAAAUGAGACGCACAGUUGGAAGCAUUUAAUUUUCUUGAUGUAAUGUUAGCAAUGACUUCAAUUUAGACAGUUGCCUAACAACUAAUUUAUUCUAAAAAUGUUGCAUUUGUUUGAAAGAAUGUUAUCAGAUGAGAUAAGGUUCAUGGUGAAGGUACGGAGCUUCCUAAAAUUCUGAGUGACAAUAAACACAAAUGAUGUGA